UGUGGAUGGACAAGAAUAAUCCAAAAGACACAACUCAUGAGCAUAGCCCUGCCCUGAAUCGUUGAUCCCUUUCUCAGCUUCUCGCAAUCUCGCCUUCUCCCUUCUCCAGACUCUAGUCCUCACGCAGUCCGCCCUCAGCCCUCGCUCCUCCUCACUCCUCACAUCCUCAGACGGUCAAACCUCAGCCUUCUACCAGUCUACCCUAACUCCUCGGCUCAAGUUCAGCCCAAAAGGGAGAGCUGCACUACUGAGUACUGAGGGUUUGUCUUUUAGAGCGGUCGCCAGCGAACGAUUUUCUUUUCCGGCAAGCAGAGGUUGCUUCUCAGAGAUGGAGUACGUUAGCCCCGAAGGUCUUCGCUUGGACGGUCGCCGUCCCCUUGAGAUGAGGCAGCUUCGUGCUGAAAUAGGUGCAGUUGCCAGAGCUGACGGCUCUGCUGUCUUUGAAAUGGGUAACACCAAAGUGAUUGCUGCAGUGUAUGGUCCUAGGGAGGUCCAAAAUAGGAGCCAACAAAUCAAUGACCAAGCUCUGGUUCGCUGUGAGUAUAGCAUGGCAAACUUUAGUACAGGUGAUCGGAUGAGGAAACCAAAGGGUGACAGGAGAUCCACUGAGAUAUCACUAGUUAUUCGUCAAACAAUGGAAGCUUGCAUUUUGACGCAUCUAAUGCCUCGUUCUCAGAUUGACAUUUUUGUCCAAGUUAUCCAAGCUGAUGGAGGAACAAGAUCAGCGUGCAUAAAUGCUGCCACAUUGGCACUUGCUGAUGCAGGGAUUCCUAUGCGUGAUAUUGUUACUUCCUGCAGUGCUGGGUACCUAAAUAGUUCCCCUCUUCUUGAUCUAAACUAUGUAGAAGACAGUGCUGGUGGCCCUGAUGUCACUGUUGGGUUUCUACCUAAGCUAGAUAAAGUUACCCUUCUGCAGAUGGAUGCUAAAUUAUCAUUGGAUACUUUUGAAAACGUCAUGCAACUAGCAAUAGAGGGCUGCAAAGCAGUGGCAAACUAUAUCCGCGAGAUAUUAUUAGAAAACACCAAACAAUUGGAAUGCCGGCGAGGCCUAUAGAUUUACUGAUUGAUUGAGGGCUGCAAAGCAGUGCUCUCAACAAAGAGAGAUCCCAAAUGAAUACAAAUUCUUGCUGUCAUUGCUUUUCUUGAGUAAAGGUUUUAGAAUGUUUUGUUUCCAAUACAGCUCCUAUCUUGGCACUCUGGAGACAAAAAACAACCUCAAAGUCUGUCAAGUUGUAACAUUAUCAACUAAAAUUUGGACUGGAAAAUUCUUCCUUUACUUUUUGUUUUUUCUUCACUCAAAAAGUAGGGAAAUUAAUACAACGUAUUAUCCAGGAUACAUAGGAUGUGUUGGCUUCUCAAUUCACAUAGUUUCUAUACAUUGAAAAGUGAACGUGUUCUCAUUUUGGCUUGCUGUAACUUGUGUUUCAUUCUUGUAUGAUGGUGUGUUUGACACCACUACGAUUUUUUAUUUCAUUAAAUCUAGGAAGAAGUUCAAAGUUA